AACAAGUGCGCCAACAAAUCCAAAAGCCGCGUACAUACCGCCCAUACUUACAGCUCGCUCGCGCUUGCGCUUUCAUAACUCCUCCAACUGCACGGCUUAAGCCAAGCUAAGCGGAUCGUGCUACGCUCCUCAGUCGCAUAAACUACAGCUGUCGACAAAAUGGCCCUGGAAGCCGGUGUGAUGUCGGUGACGAUGGAGUUCGGCAAGGACCUCAAGGAUGGCGACUGGUUCGGCAAGCAAGACCCCUACUGCAUCAUCCGCAUCGGCGGCCAGACCUUCCGCACACGCACGGCCGUGGACGGCGGCCGCAACCCCGUGUGGAAUGAGACGUUCCGCUUCAAUGUCAUCAACGAGAACAACGUGGAUGUGGAGAUCAAGGACGAGGACGUGGGCAAGGACGACCUGAUCGGCACGUGCACCUUCUCGCUCGCCAAGGCGCGUGAGAGCGGCAGCGACCGCAUCCAGGCGCCUGUGGUCAGCAAGAAGAGCCGCAAGCAGCGCGGCUUCCUCUCCAUCGCCCUCAGCUGGGAGCCCAACAAGGCGCUCAAGUCAAAUGACAACGCCGCCGCCGCCCACGCGCCCCACCACCAGCAGCAGCACUACCAGCACCCCCCGCCAAUGGCCUACGCCGCCGCACCCCCGCCCGCCUAUUACGCUGCCCCGCCCGCUCCUGCCUAUUACGCCGCCCCGCCCCCGGCCGCCGCCUACUACCCCGCUGCUGCCUACCCGCCGGCACCUAUGGCCGCAUACCCUCCUGGCGCCUACCCUCCCCAGCCUUACCCGGGUGCGGUGCCGCCGGGCCACCGGUAGACACUGGAGACGUUUCUGGUCAGCUGUUUAUUGGGGCCAGUGCGUGAAGCACCUUCUGAAGUAAGGCGGGUUAGCCUGGGGUGCCAUGUAUCUGUGAACAGCACCUAGCUAGCUGCUGCGUUUUUACCGUUGUCCCACAUUGAUUCUUUCGCGUUCUUUCCGGUGAGCCUCGCAUGGUAUGGGGGGCAUUAGUAAGUAAGGUGGAGCUCGUAUGUGCAAGCCCGCAAGCAGCUGGGUGGGUUGGACGCUGUCAUCGCCGGCAAGCAGUGACUACCAAUGUGCCUUACUACGCUUCCUAGUGGGGGCAAUGCGGGUUUGUAGCUUUGCAGUAUGGCAUGGUGAUUGCGCCGUAUGUGUGAAUACUGAUAGUAUGGAGCAGCCUCGUGCUUGCCGGCUAGAGAACUUUUCAAAUGAUAUGCCAACGGGACGCAUGCAUAGCGUUACUUGGUGUUGCCUUGUGUUGUGGCACCAACAUGCAAUUCUAGUCCUCUGAACGCAACCAAUGCUCUUCUUGAUGGUCUGCGGAAGCGCUAUAAGGUAGCGUCUUGCUGGAAUGGCGCCUGAGGUGGGACAGGCACAACUAACAACUGUAAAUCAUGCGCAUU